GAAGCUUGAAGAGGUGUUUUUUCUUUCUUUUCUUCUUCUUCUUUUUUUGCAGGUGUCAGGUGUACAGAGUCUUAAUACAUUUACAUUUAUGCAUCUGGCAGAUGCUUUUAUCCAAAGCGACUUACAGUGCCCUUAUUACAGGGACAGUCCCCCUGGAGCAACCUGGAGUUAAGUGCCUUGCUCAAGGACACAGUGGUGGUGGCUGUGGGAAUUGAACCAGCAAUCUUUUGCUUACCAGUUCUGUGCUUUAGUCCACUACGCCACCACCACUCCAUCACUUAAUGAUAAAGAAAAUAAAGUAAAAAGAUAGAUAACUAGCCUGCUAAAAAAAAAGGUAAUAUGGUUACAAAUGAAUUGUUCAAUUUAAUAAUUUGUCAUACAGUUUGACAACUUUGACACUUGUUGUUGUUCAGUGUUCUGAGAGACAAUAUUAAAUAAGUAAAAUCAUGCAAAAACAUUUUUAAACUUUGUACAGUUGAUGAGAAUUUACAUUUAUGAAUAAAAUAUUUUUUUUAUAAUUUAUUAUAAUUUUAUUAUAAAUAUGAAAUUUAUUAUAAAUAUUUUGCUUAUAAUAUUAUAUUACAUUUAUUCUAUAUUAUGAUUAAGAUGAGAAAAGUAACAUAAUGCAUCACAUAAUGUUAAAGUGAACUCUUGUCUAGUUUUUAAGGCAAAAAAUCUGGUCAAUUCAACCCAAAAUUCUGAAGGAGACAUUUAAAAAUAAUAUUAAUAAUUUAAAAAAAAUGGUCUGCUGACUCAAGAUUCAAGCUUGAAGAGAGAGUCACCAUAAAAUGCAAUUUUAUAACAUCAACUUUUUUCACAGUUUCUGCCUUUGUGUUAAGAGAUAGAAAGUCAUAUAGGGUUAUAUCAACAUAAGGGUGAGUAAACAAUGACUACAUUUUCAUUUUUGGGUGAGCUGAUCCUUUAAUCUUAACUUUUAUAUUGUGUCAGAAGAGUUCCAUUAACAAACUUUAACGCAGUAUGAAGGAACUCUUAUAUGUUUGCUCAGUGAUGCAACGAUUGCAAGGGCAUGCCCACUCUUAAAGGUAACAUAAAACCCGUCUGUCUGUCUUUCUGUGCAUCUAGUCAGCUCUUGCUUUGGCGUUCCACGUGUCAAUUCUCUUUGAGUCAUCGAGUCUCAGGAGGAAGCAUAAUUUCCCCUUUUUUCUUUUUUUUUGUUCUCUAACGCAACCAAGAAGAACAACAAGCAGUCAGAGUCGCUUUUUUCCUCGCUUUUGGAUAGAUUUUUUAAAUUGUUCCUGUUGAGAGUUUAAGCUUUAAAUUUUAAAACAAAUGUGUAACGCGACGCAUGAGGCUGCGUUGUGCGCCAUAAAAUUGCAUCCGAUGUGGCAGGAGCCGCUCGCCGUUCCCGGUGGAGACCGACAGUCACCCAUUGACAUUGUGAUGCGCAAAAGCGUCUUUGACCCGCAACUCAAACCCCUCAAAGUGCAAUACGACCCGAGGACCUGCCAACAGAUAUGGAACAACGGCUACUCUUUUCUUGUCGAGUACGACGACACCACGGACAAAUCCACUCUGAAGGGAGGACCACUGGAGAAUCGCUUCAGACUGUGUCAGUUUCAUUUUCACUGGGGGGAGAACAACACCUGGGGCUCAGAGCACUCCAUAGAUCGCCGUCUUUACCCUGCUGAGCUCCAUAUUGUUCACUGGAACUCUGACAAGUACAGUUUAUUUGAAGAAGCUGUUAUGGAGGAAAAUGGAUUGGCUGUUAUCGGAGUCUUUCUGAAGGUUGGAAAGAGGCAUGAGGGUUUGCAGAAAUUGGUGGAUGCCUUGCCUGCUGUUCGGCACAAGGACAGUGUGGUAGAGUUCACCAAGUUUGACCCUGCAUGUCUUCUCCCGGAAAACAUUGAUGAAUAUUGGACGUACGCAGGCUCUCUGACUACUCCUCCUCUUACUGAAGCAGUGACAUGGAUCGUAAUGAAACAGCACAUUGAAGUCAGUCAUGAUCAGUUGGCAGUGUUUCGCAGCUUGCUGUUCACAUCAGCAGAGGAGCAGGUGCAAAGAAGUAUGGUCAACAACUUCCGCGUCCAGCAGGCUUUGAAGGGACGGACAGUCCGUUCCUCCUUCACCCCCUUUCUACAAGACGGUCCACCAAUGGAGCCUUAACCUACAAUCCUGUGAUUUUAAUCCAUAUCCUGACUGCCAAAAGAAGCACUGACUCAGUGGUUUGCUGAUAUCAAUAUGGUCUUAAAUUGGAUUUUAAAUGCUCAGCAUGAUUGCCAGAUUGCCCAACUCACUAAGCAGCCAGACAUUUAGGUGUAGAUUGGAAAGAUUUGGUUGAAAGGGAUAAGCAAAGAUAAAUAUAGUUAUUCAAAGGACCUGUUGAUGCUCAAAUUCCACAAAUUCCUAAGUAUCUUAAGGUUCAUGGAAUACUUUUUAAUUUUGCUGUAUUUGUACAAGUAUUGAAUAUAGUGCUGGAAUUCAAGGAGUUCUCAUUUCAAAAUGUAACAUGCACAGCAUUUCCUCUCUCGUUGUUGAGGCAAUAGGUGUCCACGUUUGAAGACAAACAGCCCCCUCUUGUGGAUGACGGAGAAAAUACACAUGCCUUGUUUUGAGGCGCCAGCCCUUGCAAGUCAUUUUUUUUUUUUUUUUUAAUCUGCCUGAGGGAAUUUCUUUAAAGCAUGAAACUGCACAAUGCUUUUGACUAUUUUUAGGUAUUUUAAGAAGAGCCAGUCUAAUCUAGAGAGAUGAUUAAGAUUUCUAAGAUUACAUUUAAAUAUUGCAGUAUAAUUAAGACAAGAAAUAUAGACUUUAUUAAAGGUGCACUGGAAAUAUAGAAAUAUGAGGGGAAGAGGAUUAGAUUAAUGCGCACAAUCGUUUAAUGAAAAAGCAUUUCUGUACUUGGUAUGUACUUACGAUUUUUUACAGAAUAUGUUAUCCUCAUCCAUAGUGCCUUUAGCAUUGUACACAAUCACUGAUUAUUUCUCCAUUACUCGCAUGUAAUCAAUAAUCUGAUCAAUUGCACAAGUUGUUGGCCACAUUUGCCUUUGGGCAAAAUAUACGUGCCUCCAAUCUUUUCCAUUAAGCUCACAUUUGUUAUUAUUGCGUAAAGGUUUUUGUCAUUGGUUUAGCAGUAUCUUUAAAGUGUAUUCAUUGUUGCUGAUUUUGUAGCAGAGAUACUGUUAGGUUUUAAUUAAGAAAUGAUUGUAGAAUUUAUUUGGGAGCACCGUGAUGUCUCUCCACUAUUUCAUUAAAUACUGGUAAGAGGGGACCUCCAUUUUUGUGCAUGUUUUUUCCAUUUAAUUUCUCCACUAGAGGCAUCAGAGGUACAUGAGAUCAGACAAAAUGUAGAUUUGGUAACUAAAGUAUGACCAACUGAUUGUUUCAUUUAAAGAUAAUUAUAUUAAUCUUGGUGCAAUCGUUGCAUUUCGUUUUUCUUUUUCUGAAAAAUGCUGGAAGAAAAUGAGACACUUAGAUUGUUUAAAACUGUGAAGAACUGAUUGUUUUCAACUGUUUCUGUUGAUAUUAAUAUUAUUUGAGUCAAGUGAUUUCGGGGAGUUGGAAGGUUUUAGAUUUGCAAGAUAUUUUGACUAGGUUGCAAAGAAACUUCAGUGUUCAGUUGUUACAUGGAGGUGAAGAAAUUGCUGAAGUAUGACAUGCUUUUUUUUUUUCUUUGCCAAGAGACGCUGGUCUCUUUGUGAUGGCUGAAUAACAAUGUUCUUGUGCAAACUGCCCCUAAAGUGGCCUCCCAUCUGAAUGGGCCACCUGGUUCUCUCCCUAUUGGGUCGAUGGUUGAAAUUCAGAGUGAUAUUAACUAGAUUGGAAAGCUGGAUUUGCACUGUCCAAAUGCUGGGUUGCAGGAAGGCUGGGAUCCCUUCCCUCCACCUGCCCAAGCCUUCAGCUCUCUGCCCUUAGUAAAAAAAAAAUAAAAAAAAUAAUAAUAAUAAUAAAAAAGAGUAGUGAACAUUCUUUCACAUUAGGAGGCCCUGGAACAAUGUUUUCUUAUUGAAGCAGAGCUGAAUAGCAUGUGAAGUCACCUUUUGUUGUUUGGAUUUGAAUUAUGCAGUGGAUGAAUUAUGGACUGAGGUUAUUAAUAUUCAAACGGACAAUCUGACUCUUUUUGCUGCAGUGGGUUUGCAUGAGGGACAUGCUUCAACCCCCCUGCUUUGUCCUUUUUAAGUAGCUUGAAGCCCUCCAUUUUUAAUGGAAAUGAAGUAUCACAGUUUUGGACACCAGAAAGUUAUCUGCAUAACUGUCACUUACCUACUAUUGCUGCCUACUAUACAUUUAAUGAUGCAAAUGUAUGCAGAACUUUGACAAUACGAUUUGAUUCUUGUACUGUGUGCAGAAACUGUAUUGUAUUCAUUAGUUUAGGAAAUGAGAGUCUUUUUGGGUCAUUUUAGUUUUGUUUAACUCUUGGGCGGACACGAGCUUGUGCCCUGGGGAUUUAAGCAGGAUAAGAGGGUGGUGCUGAAGCUUUAUGGAGGCCCCAUCUCAGCAUGCACUGUUGCACCAGGUGCUUGUUGGGUUCAGCUCAGCUGCACUAAAAGGUGCAUGUUUUGGGGUUGGGGGGGGGGGGGGUAGACAAACAUUAACAAAUGCCCAAUGUAACCUCUCAUUCAUGCUGUCUAAAAUGUGUGUAUUAACAUUUUUUAUGUGUAAAAAUGAAAUAAAACAAA